UUUCUAACUUUCCUUUUCCCACCACACCUUGCCUUAUAAACACCUCCACUUUUUCCCAAAAGACAAAUCCCAACCCUCCAAAAACCAUCGGCCUCAUCCGCAGCCAGCAGCACGCCGCCGCCGCCGCCGCCGCCGCAACUAUAUACCUAUUUCUACAAAAGGCUAGAAUCUCUAAAGCAUGUCACUCCUUGACACAACCCGACCUUCCACACCAGGCAAAUUAAAACAAGAAAAAUCAUUACUUUACCUCCAAACCCACCGCCAACGUUCCCUCCGCCUCUACUCUUCACUCUCCAAAUUCGCUCUCUCUUCUUUCUUCUUUCUCAUUAUAUUCCUCUUCUUUUCCCUCCUUUCCUCUCCUUCUUCUCCCUCCAACCGCAGCAAAAUCACCAACUCCCUCCCUGGAGGCUCUCAGUGGGAGAAAAAAGUCCUCAAAUCGGCGCGUCCCAAAUUACGCGCCGGCUUCACCGUAUUUGUCACCGGUGCCGCCGGUUUUGUAGGAACCCAUGUCUCUGUUGCUCUGAAGCGGCGCGGCGAUGGUGUUCUUGGACUUGACAAUUUCAAUCAUUACUACGAUGUUAAUUUAAAACGAGACCGACAAAAGGUACUUGAACGAUCAGGGGUUUUCGUUGUUGAAGGAGAUAUUAAUGAUGUUAAGUUGUUGCAGAAACUUUUUGAUGUUGUUUAUUUUACUCAUGUUAUGCAUUUAGCUGCUCAAGCGGGGGUGCGUUAUGCGAUGCAGAAUCCUAAGUCUUAUGUGAAUAGUAAUAUUGCUGGGUUUGUUAACUUGCUCGAGGUUUGUAAAUCAGCUGAUCCACAGCCUGCCAUUGUGUGGGCGUCAUCGAGUUCUGUCUAUGGGCUUAAUAAAAGAGUACCCUUUUCGGAGAAGGAUAGGACUGAUCAGCCUGCGAGUUUAUAUGCAGCGACUAAGAAGGCAGGUGAAGCGCUUGCGCAUAGUUAUAAUCAUAUUUAUGGUCUUUCGAUUACUGGGUUGCGGUUUUUUACAGUUUACGGGCCUUGGGGAAGGCCGGAUAUGGCGUAUUUCUUUUUUACUAAGAAUAUUUUGAAGGGGAAGGAGAUUGGUGUAUAUGAGACUGCUGAUGGAAAGAGCGUGGCUAGGGAUUUUACUUACAUUGAUGACAUUGUGAAGGGGUGUCUAGCAGCGUUGGAUACAGCAAAAAAUAGUACUGGGAGCGGAGGGAAGAAAAGGGGACCAGCGCAAUUGAGGGUGUUCAAUUUGGGGAAUACAUCGCCGGUGCCUGUGAGUAAGCUUGUGAGCAUAUUGGAGAAACUUUUGAAGGUAAAGGCUAAGAAGAAGGUGUUGCCGUUACCUAGAAAUGGGGAUGUGGAGUUUACGCAUGCCAAUAUUAGUUCUGCCCAGAGGGAGCUUGGAUAUAUGCCAACAACAGAUUUGGAGACGGGGCUCAAGAAGUUUGUGAGAUGGUAUACUGGUUAUUUUUCAGGGUCAAAGAAGAAAUCCUGAUUGGUGCCCUUUGAGCAGCCUUUCUUCAUGUCAUGGACAUUGCCUUCUUUUAUCAAUGAAAAAGCAGCUAAUCUAGUCAGGCAUUCAACUA